AUGCCUCAAUCUGAUUACCAGGAUGCGUUUGAAGCUAGACUAGACAGCGUGUAUCUGAGUUAUUCGGAUGAUAGUGAAGGCCUCGCAAUCGGAACCGAAAACGCAGCCGAGACACUUGAUACUGUCGAUGCACGGAUAGCUAAUAGCGAUGGUGAAAAAGAACCAGUACUAAAAUGUGUAUAUAGAACCGGUUGUGUUGUGAAUGAUUCUCGAUUUGAGAAGCGGCUGGCAACGGAGUAUCUCCGUCAUUUGGAUGACGACGAAGACAAACAGCUAGUGUCAGUUGACUAUGUACUUGAGAAAAGUACUUUUGAGUCGAUCAACAGUAAUCCAAGGGUGAACCUAGAUGAAACAAAACUAGUAACAUUGGUUUCCUCGGUUGCUAAUGGCAACUGUUUCUUCAAAUUUCACGAAAAGAUUCUUGCACAACAAGCCGAAGAUGAAGGGGAUAAUCCUGUUCUGCCCUCGUUAAAAGCUUUCCUCGAAGGAAAACAAAUGUUUAGUUGUAAAACUGCGGUCGACAGUUUCAAGCACAUUCUGGAUACAUUGGGUGGACCUGGAGAACGCCUUCGAGCAGAGACUUUGUUGCCAACGAUAAGCGUUGUCCCUGACGACCCAUCAUUUCGAACGAUUUCAAUGCCAAUUACCGGGAAAAUUAAGCAUAGGUCUAAGAUCAUAUUCGGCACAGGUGAUAGCCUUCGUGCAGUAACGGUAACUGCGAACUCAGGCUUCGUACGCGCCGCAAAUCAUCAGGGAGUGAUGUUGUCCGUGUUUCUUCAUGCCUCACGGGCGCUCACGGAACGACGAGGAAAAAGCGCGGAGAGAAUCGAAAAAAUGACGCGAAAAAAGCAGGAGUCAAUUUGA